AUCUGCUUGACUCCGUAUAGCCGGCGGUGUACGGCCAGUUAACGAUAUUCAAGUACCGCGCCACCAACAGCGGUGUUUAUCAAACUUGUGCUGUGGAACAAAUCACUUUGAGGAACAGAUUGUCGCAGUUAUUCGCACUGUGUGGUUCAUUAGUUGGGGACUAAUUACAUGUGUACACCUGAUUCUAUCUGGAAGUAAUUAAACCCUGGAGUAAUUAAAAGCUGUGAAAGGUACCUGCUCCCGCUGUGACUUACCUGUCCGCAUUAAACAACAGGUGAAGGGCUAAACAAUUGGUGAUUGAUUGAAUUUCGUUCAGGCUGUGUGAUCAACCGUGUAGACGAGGACAGGCCGAGGGCUGACUCACGAGACGAGUUGAGUAGGAUCAGGGCUCGCAGACUUAGCCUGCAGGAUCUCAGUUCUCCACUGCGACGCUAGAAAUUCCAUCCUGAAUGAAAACCCAGUGACUCGUGUGAAUGAAUUCCGACCGGGCCUAUCUCUCGACGAACUAGACCGUGACGUCGUGUUUCAACCCUCUGUCUUCUAACCGGCUGAUAUCUUUCUCCGUGUGGAGCGGGCCCCGUGUGUGUUUUUUUUACCUGUGUUAUUUUUACCUGUGUUUACCUGGCCCAAACACGUGGGACCGUCGGCUGUACUAACUGGCAACUCAGACAACAAUACAGCCCGGCUGUAGUGACACUGGCACUGAGGGGAACACAGCCCUCGCCACGUUCGCCCGUCACAUAAUCUCGACCAUCUGGUGCUUUUAAUCCCUCCAUCUCGCCUCGGAUAUUGGAUUUUUGUGGAUUUAUUCUCCCAUCUAACUGUGGAUACUGAUGAUUUAAACGGGAGUUAAAAUUAUUUCAGUACAUCAAGUUUUUUUUUUCAAGAAAUGGCGAGUUUUUCUGUUGUGUGGAGUUUAGUGGUGGUCAGUUUGGCAGUGUUGACCUCGGCCCAGCAGGAAGGCGUGGCCGUGAAAUGGGGCGUCGCCGACGGGACGGCCACCGUGGGCCGCAUGUUUCGCAUGCACAUUCCAAGCGACGCUUUCAGCGGUGACGUCACUUCGUAUACGAUCAAAUCUGUGGAUGGCUCAGCACUACCUGCGUGGCUGGAGUUUGAUCCCAGCAACAACAUCCUCCAGGGCAUCCCUGCGCCUAAGGAUGCUGGCCAGCUCUACCUGGAGAUCACCGCCCAAGGGUCAGCCAGCCAGGCUUCCGUGACCUUCACCUUGUUCGUCAGGGAUGUGCCCACCCACACCUCCGGCACCCCUCUGAGGUUCAAGACAACUGGGCCGGAGUUUGUCCACUGCAAGCAGAGCGAGCCAGAGACCGUGGCCACCAUCAUCAUUGACGUGGACUUUGAUAAGAUCCCGGUCCAGGAGAGACUGGCGCUGCUACAGAGGUUCCUGGCACACAUGCAGCUCCACGAGGACAUGGUCAAGAUGGUUCCUGUGGGAAACAGCCCCAUGCACGACAGCUCCGCGUUAGUCUCUGGGGUGGGUGACUGCGCGGAGCCCAAGACCCAGGGUCUGUUCAUCUCAUGGCCUGUUGGUUGCGGACUGGUCAAGGACGGUCAUUUCCCCGUCCUGCAAAAACUGGACGAGGACUCAACUAGCGGGUUGAUGGCUCAAGCUUUAGGCAACCCCGUCAUUGGCUGGCACGUGACCAACAGCCACAUUCAGGCACCAACCAGGAAGAGACGGCAGGCAUUAAACACCCCCACGCCCUCCGUCACACCCAUCAUGUCCACCAAAACCCAAACCACCGGCGCCCAAACCGGUGUUGGUGACACCCUGACGCACAUGGUGGUAGUGAUGGAAUCUCCUGUCAUCAUCCAGCCCACAUCCACGUACGCCCCCAUGGACAAAACAGAUCUGCCCACCCUGGCACCACCACAGCCACCACCCAAGCCUAAAGACGUCACACAAACCAUGCUCAUGCCCACUCAGACAACCAUCACCACGCAGCCUCCCAUGAAAACAACCAAGCUGCCCAUCAAACCAACCAAGACAAGCACCACUGGUAAACCUACAGAUAAGGUUGUAGUUACACCACCUCCACCACCUGACUGCCAGAGACUCAAAACCAAAGGCUCCCUCACUGUGGAGGCAAUAUUGGGUGACUACAAGGAAUAUGAAAUCCCUGAAGACACAUUUAAGGACUGCGAGGUGGCUGAGACCCAAAGCCUGCGCUUAAAACUUUUUAACAACACUUCCGAAAUCAUCUCCUCCAGUUCUUUCCUUAUGUUUGAUGAGAAAAAUCAGAAAAUUAAAAUGUUUCCAUUCCCUGGUGAAGUCCCCAACCACAAGCUGAAGUUGAUUGGUGAGAAGUCAAUCAAUGGGGAGACACUAUCAGAGUCUGUGGACGUUAAAAUCAACUUGAAAGGACAUAAAAAAAAGGAUACCCCCAACCAUGAGUUUGGCAUAACUGUGGAUUACAACUACAACACAUUCAUGUCCAAUUUCUCUGACAAAUUUGAGCUGGCCACACGCAUUGCUAAGGUAUUUGGUGACACCAAUCUGAGCAAUAUUAAUGUUGUGAGCAUCAAGAAUGGCUCAGUCAUCUUUACAUGGGCCAACAAAACUCUGGCAUACCAACCCUGUCAGGCUGACAAGCUCAAAGAUCUUCUUAAAAAUGUUGUGGAUGAUCAAAAGAUCACUGCCCAUGCUGUUGAAACACUUCGGCCCUAUGCUCUCAAACAGCUGACCUUUGAGCCCAAAAAAACAUGCAGUGCAAAAAUGGAUAAAGUGGUGGCAGAACCAGAGGAGCCCAUUGCACCAGUAGAUCCAAGCAUGAAGCCGGAUGAUGACGAACAGGAUCCUGGGAUGGAUGAUUCCAAAUCAACCACAGCAAAAACCAGCGAUAAACCUGACGACACAACUGACGCUGUGGCUAAAGGAUCCGCGGGCGGAGACGAUGACGUUUGGAUCACCACCGUGGUGCCUGCCGUGGUCAUUGUGGCCAUCUUGCUGAUUGCACUGCUGAUCGCUUGCUGCCUGUACCGCAAGAAGCGCAAGGGCAAGAUGAACGUGGAGGAGCAGAACACCUUCAUCAACAAAGGCGCACCUGUCAUAUUCCCCGACGAGCUGGAGGACAAGCCCAGCGACGUCAACAAACCUUUACUGGUCGAGGGAAGUCCGGCCCCGCCCCCAGAAUAUCACCGAGGUCCGAGUGAAAGUCCAGAGCGCUACAACAACCAAAGGAACAUCUACGUCACAGACAGUGCACAGAAUGGGGAUGGUAUAACGGAGAUGCCGUACGAGCCCCCACACCCCCCAGUCCAGACGUCGACCAACAGUAAGCAGCCGCGGCCCACCCACCAGCAGUUUACUCAGCCCCCUCAGAUCCUGCCCUAGAUGUGUGUUUGAGAGUUCUAGAAUAAAAAGUUAACACCCCUGGACACUGACCAGCUCAGCUGACACCUUCCUCUUGUUUGUGCCGCUGAUAGGAAAAGAUUUUCUGUUUUUUUCCACUGGUCAGACUAUGCUCUGGUCUGAGUUUUACAGACAGCCAUCCUACUGUAUCCUGUGGAUAAUUGCUACACUUAUCCAUACACUGACGGAUAAGCUUAACAUUUACCCACGCCUGUCGGAGAUGGAUUGCCAUACGGUUGUCAUGUGAUUGAAAGUGGUUUUUUUUCAUUAGGCGCUAGAUGUGGUUGCCAUGUGUGGAUGAAUGUGGUUUUAAGAUGCGGCUGAGUGUGGUUUCCACAAAUGGUGGAUGUGGCAGUUAUUAAUGCUGAGUGUGGUUUUUUUUUUUUUUUGGAUGUGGCUUUCUUUACCUAUAAUUUGAUAUUAUUUACUUUAUUUGGAAACUUUACUGUCAUAUUUACUUUGCUUGGAAACUUUACUGUCAUAAUGUUGCUGUUCCUUCAUAAUUCAAUGGUGAACAGACGAAAUAUUGACUGACAUUGUUUCAUUCCAUUCAACAUAUUGAACUGUGUUUACCAAAAGUUUUUUUUUUGCUAAUGAACAUGUCAUUUGUUCUUGUUUAGUACAUAUUUUUUAUGCCGUAUGAUUACAACAGCUAAUUUAUAAACCUGAUGUCUUCAUUA